GGAGCGGAUGUAAAAGCUUGCGUCUCUCAAGGUUGCAUUUGAUCUCGUGUUUUUAUUUAAUCUUCACAUGAAGUUGACAGAUACAUGCAGCAAACUUUAUAAACGCUCUACAACUCAUUUUCCGGACCUUCAAUACUAUAAGUAUGAUUAUCGCAGGACCCCAGUUCUUAAAGAUUCAGUGAUUGGAAAAGGUGAUCGGACAAAAAGAGCUGUCUGUAUCGAAGAAAUGUUAUCAAUGUUAGCUUGCUUGAAAGAAAGUGAUUUUGAUCAACGUCCUUGUACACAAAUGAUAGACACAUUCAAUAAAUGCGUCCAGAUAACGGAGAAUAAGCGAAGAGCAAAUAAGGAUAUGCAAAAGUCAGGAGUCGUAUCGCCUUCUGACAAGUCAGGUAGAUCAUUUGAUCGACUAUCAUCAAAACAAAUUACUGAACUACUAAGACGCUUUCCUGAACCUUAGUAAUAUUUCGGCUCACCGUCUGUACAUUUGUAGUAACCAUUCAUAGCACUGAUUAAUAUAUUUUCUUUCUCUUGUGUAAAAAUAUAACCAUUUAAAUUU